AUGAAAAGAUCUGCUACAAAUAAGCCCCAUGCUAUCGUGCUUGAGGCUCCACUGGACAAUGUGUCUUUACAUUAUGUGAAGAAUGCUGAAAGAUGGAAGUAUGUUAUUCAAAGAAGGAUAGCUUUGGAGAGGGAAUUGGGUAAGGAUGCCCUAAAAUGUAAGGAGGUUAUGGAGCUUAUAAAGGUUGCUGGUUUGAUGAAGACUGACACAAAAUUUGGUCCUUGCUAUGAAAGUCUAGUCAAGGAGUUUGUGGUGACCAUUCUUGGUGGGUGUGAUGAUGUGAAGAGUACAGACUAUAGGAAGGUGUAUGUUACAGGAAAUGUCGUGACAUUUUCUCCUGCUAUGAUCAACAAGUUUCUGGGAAGAAUUGAAGAACCUCAGGCUAAGCUAGAGGUUACAAAUGACCAAGUGUGCAAGGAGAUAACUGCCAAGAAGGUGAGACACUGGCUAAACAGAGAAAAGUUGUUAGCUGGGAAGCUGAGUGUCAAGUAUGCAAUCCUGCAUAGGAUUGGGACUGUCAAUUGGGUGCCUACAAAUCACACUUCAACCAUCUCUAUUGGGCUUGGGAAGUUUAUAUAUGAUAUUGGAACAAGAAGACCUUUUGAUUUGGGGAAGUACAUUUUUGAACAAGUUCUGAAGCAGGCCUUCUCAACUGCUACGAAGAUGCCUAACUACUUUUCCUCACUCAUCUGUGGGAUGAUUCUGAAUCAACAUACUGGAAUCUUAUUUCCUAUUGAUAGUGUGAAGGAAAGGGAAUCUCCUUUACCCCUCCAUUACAAAUUGUUUCCUGGAACACAUGUUCCAGAUAUUGUCAUGACAUCUUCUCAGGUACUUGUCCCUUCCACUUCCAAGAAGAGCGUUAUUGCACAACUAAAGGAGAAAUGUAAAGAGUUGGAUGAUUCUAUCCGGUCUAGCACUGCUACAAAGAUAAAGCUUGAAAUUUUGAUCAAGGCUUUGAUGGAUGAAGUGGAAAAGGAAGCUAAACAUGGUGAUGCUGACAAUGUGGAAGUUGGUGUAGAUGACAAUGUUGAUGGCAAUGAUGCUAAGAAUGAUGAAGAUAAAGAAGCUGAAGGAGAUGAGUAUGCUACUACGGACUCAGAUAGUCAGGAGGAUAUAUGA